CGGGACAUGUGUUGGACGCGCACUCACGCACAUGCACGCGGUCUCUUCGAGAUUGCACCUGGCGGACCCGGCCGUAUAAUACCGUUCCAGCGGCAGCUGUUCCUCCGGUCCCGGGACACCCGGUCGUCGUCGCGAUCCGAAGACCGGCCACCCAUCCCGAGACCCGGAAUCAGUUCUCGACCGACGUCCGCGGACGACUCAUCGCCUUCGCAAUGUUCUCGUGCAAGACCCGGUACGCUUGCGGCCGGAGCGGGCAGCAGCACAGCGACAGCGACGAGGACGGCAGCUACGGGUUCGGGGCCGUGGGCAACCGGACCAGGGCCGCCGCCGGUCAUUCGCCGUGUUCGCCCUCCGACGAUGGCGACUAUCACAUAUACGGCAACCUGACGUUCGGUUACAAGCCCAUAUUGAAGACUCGGCUGUCGAGCGCCGCGAGUUCGGUGCGCCGGCGCGCGCCCGUCAAGCGGACCGUCAGCUUUUCCGGCGUGCACCGGUCCCCGCCGUCCCCGCCGUCGCCGAUCAGACGUCGCAACAGCUUCCGGCCGCCGCCGCCGUGCUAUUCGGUGGCCGUGCGCCGGGCCUCCAGUUUUUCCACCACCCGGAAGAACGUGGCCCAGAUGAUCGCUCAGAGGCAGCGCAUGCCGUUGCCCGGCGAACGGAUGAUUUUCGCGCAGCCACCGCCGCCGCCGAUGGCCGCAGACGGACGACGCGUUUUUGCGCUUCCACUGCCGCCGUUGCCCGUCGACGAACGACGCACGAGCGGCAGCGACGUUACGCCACCCGCCGCCUCCCUUCACACCAGCCGAGUGGUCGUCGACGUGCACAAGACGUCUAUUCGCUCGGAAACGCCCCCGACCGCGGUCGCGCCUACUAGUUUGGAUAAAAGCCCGUCCAAGCCAGUCGAAAAUGUCAUUUUGAAAGCACCUAACGCCACAGACAUAGCUGGUCAGCGGAUGGAUUCUUAUAGAUUCUCGAUGGCAAAUCUAGAAGAUACUCAAGACGUAGACUUAGAUGCCGUGUUGGGAGAGCUAUGCGCCUUAGAAUCUCAGUACCAGAGUACGAAUAGUCUAUUGGAUUCGGAAAAAAUUGAUUACAAUACAAUAAACAGGAUGCUGUCAAAUUCAAAUCAGCCGGGAACAGUGAGGACUGAUAGUCCGGAUAACGAUUCCGCGUUCUCUGAUUGCGUAUCGUUGUUGUCGAGCAGCGAGAGUUCAGCUUCGAGCGGCACUACCAAUCACUCUGGAAACAAAGAAUCGUCUAAAGCGGAUAAAAUCCGUCUGGCCCUACAAAAAAUGAAGGAGGCCAGUGUGAAGAAACUAUUCAUCAAAGUGUUCAAUGACGACGGUGGAGCAAAAUCGUUACUAGUCGACGAGGGUAUGCGUUGUAGUUACGUGAUGCGAUUGUUAGCUGACAAACAUCACAUUAAUCUCGGACCGCGCUGGGGGCUCGUCGAACAUCUGCCGGACCUUCAUAUGGAACGCGUUUAUGAAGAACACGAGUUGCUAGUAGAUAAUUUAAUGCUGUGGACCAGAGAUUCUAAAAACCGUUUAUUGUUUGUCGAGCGGCCCGAGAGAACGUUAAUAUUUGAAAAUCCUUCGUUGUUUAAUACAAGUACUCAGUCGCUCAGCCACGCGACUAGUAACUUUGCCCAAGAAUACUUUUGCAACGGCGGACUACCGACCGUAGAGGGCCCGCUGUACAUCAAGACAGACUCGAGGAAGGGCUGGAAGAAGUACCACAGCGUGCUCAGGGCUUCGGGCCUGUACUAUUACAAGGACAAGGCGUCGCGGUCGCCAAAGGACCUCGUCUGCCUGGCCACGUUCGACGUGAACCAGGUGUACUACGGCGUGGGCUGGCGGAAGAAGUACAAGGCGCCCACCGAACACUGUUUCGCGGUCAAGCACCCGUGUCUGCAGCAGCCCAAGUCGACCAAGUACAUAAAGUACGUGUGCGCCGAGGACGAGCGGACGUUGCACAAGUGGAUGUCGGCCAUACGGAUCGUCAAGUACGGGCAGCAGCUGCUCGACAACUACGAGUCGGCGCUUGCCGGCGGGGACGGUGACCCGACUCAAACGUCGUCGUCCUUGUCGGCGGUGUCGCCUUCGUCCGGGACGUCCCUGCACCGCGGUGGUGACGGGUCGACGGGACGCGGUUCCGUGGGAUUGGACGACGACGACGCGGCCACCAUGAUGCUGGACGACGGCGAGAGCGGACUGUCGUCCGACUCCGGAGGUUCGUCGUCCGGUUGCGACGUGGCGUUCGAGUCGGAUUACCCGCCGUGCGGCACCAUCAAGAGGAAGCCGCCAAAACUGCCGCUGACGGCCACCACGCGUCAACUCGCCUGUUCCGUAACGGAGACGUCGGCGGCCACGGCUUUCGCCGCGGCUACGGCGGCUGCCGGCCAACAAAAACCCGUCAAGUCGGUCAAGUUCGCCGACCAUCACCACCACCAGCAACAACCGUACCAGCACCACCAGCAACAAAUGCAACAGUACCAACAGUACCAGCACCACCACCACCAACAACAACAGCAGCAGCAUCAGCAGCAACAGUACCACCACCAUCACAUGCAGCACCGCCGGACGCCUAGUUUGGAAUCGUUGCCGCCUCCUCCCCCCGAACUGUUGGUCGACCACGACGCCGGCGCCGACGACGACGACGACCUGAUGAACGCUGUGCCGCCGCCGCCGCCCAAGCUGCUGUCACCGCCCAGCACGGCAUUCCUGGCCGACCUACACCGGGUCGUGUGCAAGAAGUGGCAGGUGGCGCAGAAGUGCAAGCUCGACACGAUGGCCACCCCGCACGAAGUGCUCGGAUUCCGAGACCCGGCGCAGGGGCUGCAGUACGCCGACGGCACCAACAACAGCAACGCGUACAGCCGCGAGGCCAACGUCAGCAAUUGGGUGGCCGAACACUACGGGCCCAACAACCUGUACGAGAACGUGUACCCCAAGCAGCAACCCGGUCCGGGCCCGGCCGCUUGUUCGUCGCCGCCGCUGCCCCCUCCGCCGCCGCAGCUACAGACCGCAGCACAGCAUCUCCGCGUAUCGUCCAACAACAAGAUCAACAAGCGACCACCCCCGCCGCCGCCCCCUAGGUCCGAGAAGACGCAGCUCACCACCGUCGUCUCGUAACGUCCGGUGUAUAUAUCGUUGUCAUCAUCCGACUAGCUCCGUUCGUUUUUCCGUUUUUGUCCCGUCUGUGUGCUGUCCGAUGCGACGUGUACAACACAUCGUCGUUGGUCGUCGCGUCGGCCGUUGCCGCCGUUUGUCUAGUGUCUUGUCGCUUCGUGUACUAUACCUACUCAUAUUAUUAUUAUUAUUUUUUUCUGUACGACCGAAUUUUGUAAUAUUCGUUAGAUAUCGUUUUUUUAUUCGGUUUAUAGUAUAUAUAUAUAAUGUAAUAUAGUAAUACCGUUGUAGUGAAAAUCGGGAAUAUUAAACCGUCCUGAAUUGGUCGAGGACGCGGGGGUCGUACUAUGUGCGUUGUGACGACGCGGUGGCCGCAACCGACCAAGCGGGCUGCGUUUAAAGCGCAUAACCUCAAUUAUUAUUGUAUGCAUUUCAGCCGUCCCGAUCAACUUAAACUGAUUGUUCUGUUAUGUCAAUAGAUUUGUCGCCAAAAUGAAUUACAGCUUAAUUAUCUUAGUAAUAAGUGUCAAUUUAGCUUCGAAAUGGUGACAAUAAUCGAUAGUUAAUUUGAUAAUAUUAAUAAUACCAUAGACUUUUUUACUUAAUUUACUUAAUUUUUAUAUGUCUAUGGUUUAUAUAUUUCCAUAUAGUAUUUAAGGUUUUAAUUUUUGGUGGCAAACUUUAUUGGCAGCAAGUAUAAUUAGUAACAAUAAUGCCUGCCAUCAGCUGCCUAAUAAAAACACUGUGGCAAAAGCUCAUAGUAUGACCCCAUAUCCACUUUGUUUUUUUAUUUUGGUUCAUGUUGUCACAGGCGUCAAAAGAAGGCGAACACAACACAUCAUACAUCGUCUUCCUUCACUCCUGUGUUUUGCGUUUAUUUAUUAAUUUUUCUUUCUACGAAUAAUAAUAUGUUACUAAAAGACUGUAUUUUUAUUUUAUUUUUUUUGUGUUAAUAUUAAUAAUCAUAAUUGUUUAUAUACAUUUAUAUUAUAUGUUUAUUCGUAAUGGUAUUACAAACAUAAUAUUGCAGUUCUGAUAUUGUCUUUGUUGCAAUAGUAUCGUAAUUGGUGCUUAAUUUAUAUAUCUAUAUAAUAAAUACAUAAUAAUGUA